AUGAAUAGUAAGGAAAAGACUCUUAAUGCUGUUCGAGUAGAUAUUGAUGAAGCUUCACGUCUCUUCGCCCUAAAGAAAUAUGAAUCUGCGUCAGACCUUCUUGCAUCGGCACUUGAAUCACUCCGUGAUGAAUACGGUGAAGACGCACCUGAGUUAGCACCCAUACUUCAUCAGUAUGGUCGCGCUUUGCUAGAGCAUGUUAUCUCUACCUCCAGUGCUUUAGGUGGUGGGGGAACCGUUGAAAACGAUGAGUCGGAUGCUGUUUGUGCUGGUGCGAUGAAGAAGAAUGAUGCACGAUUUAGCUUUGAAGGUGAUGGUGAUGAAAGUGAUGAAGAGGCUGUGCCAUCUCUAGGAAAGCGGAAAGCGAAUGACAUUGACAAUGAAGAUAACGAUAACCAGAACGAUGAGGAGGAAGAUGACGACGACAUGGGUGUUGUUUUCUCUGUUUUGGAUCUAGCACGUGUUUUAUAUGGGCAUAUUUUGGAUGGAACCUCAAGCCAAGUUUCUUCAUCGAAGGGCAAGAGCGCUUCUCGCUGCGAGCUGAAACUCAUUACUGGAGAAGUCUGGGAUCGUAAGGCUAUCGAAACAGACCUAGCCGAGGUUCGGAACGAUCUCGGUGAUGUAGGAUUGGAGACAGAAAACUUUGAACAAGCUUCUACGGACUAUGAAGCAUCUCUAAAUUUGCUAAAGCCCCUCCUUUCACCUUAUUCGCGGAGGUUGUCCGAUGCGAAUCUACGCCUUGGACUUGCCCUUGAAUUUCACCCUGAUCCCGAGCAGCGUAGCCGCGCCCUUGAUUAUAUUGAGCAGGCCGCCAAUGUUCUGAAGCGCCGCUUGGUGGAGCUCUCUAAGGCGUCGGAAUCUAAAAACGCCGAUUCUAAGGACCAAACCGAUGACUCCUUAUCACUACUCGAUGAAGAUCAAGUAAAGCGUGAAACAAAGGAUGUUCAGGAGCUGCUACAGGAUUUGGAAGUCAAGGUCCGUUGGUCGCCUAAGUGUAUUGAUGAAAUGAAAGCCAGCCCUUCGAUGUCGCUCAAAGAUGAUGGAAAGCCAUCAAAUCCCGUUUUGGAGCAGGCUAUUAAAGAAGCAUUCCUAGGUGCUGCUUCAGCUGCAUUCUCAUCAACUCCGGCAACAAGCUCAUCGCAGCCUGUGAACGAUCUCAGCGCGCGUGUCAAGCGUAAGAAGAAGCAAUAG